CGCCCCGGGGCGGCCGGCCCGCUGCUGACGGGAGCGAAGAUGGCGGCGGCCGCCUCCGACCUGCUGACGGGAUGGUGCCUCUUCGGCCUGGCGCUGCUGGCCAUUCUAAUUUUCUGCUGGGUUUACGUGCGCAAGUAUCAGAGUCGGCGGGAAAGUGAAGUGAUUUCUACCAUAACAGCAAUAUUUGCGUUGGCCGUUGCUCUUAUCACAUCAGCACUGCUGCCGGUGGACAUCUUUUUGGUUUCGUAUAUGAAAAACCAAAAUGGUACAUUUAAGAUCUGGGCUGAUGCUAAUGUUUCAAGACAAAUUGAAGACACUGUACUUUAUGGAUAUUACACUUUGUACUCAAUCAUACUGUUCUGCGUCUUUCUGUGGAUUCCCUUUGUCUAUUUCUAUUAUGAGGAGAAGGAAGAUGAUGAUGGCAACACAUGCUUGCAGGUUAAAACUGCACUCAAAUACACUCUGGGAUUCAUCACGAUUUGUGCAGUUCUUCUCUUAAUUGGUGCUUUUGUUCCUUUGGAUAUUCCCAACAAGAAAAAUUCCACAGAGUGGGAGAAAGUGAAGCUCCUGUUUGAAGAAUUUGGAAGUAGUCAUGGCUUGACUGCACUUUCAUUUUCCAUUAGUUCGUUGACUGUGAUUGGAAUGUUGGCGGCUAUCACUUACACAGCUUAUGGUAUGUCAGCUUUGCCUCUAAACUUGAUUAAGGGAACUACUAGUGCAGCUUAUGAACGUUUGGAGAACACUGAAGGUAUUGAAGAAGUGGAGCAACAUUUAUUAAGGAUUAAAUCAAAGUGCAGAGACGGCCGCCCUCUGUCAUCAAGGGAUAGACGGACUCUAAAACAACUGGAAGAAAGAUUAAGGACACUUCGAAGGAGAGAGAGGCAUUUGGAGUCUAUUGAGAAAAGCUGGUGGACAAAGUUCUGUGAAGCUAUCAGACCUUUAAAGAUUGUGUGGGGAGUUUUCUUCAUCAUUGUGGCACUGCUCUUCACUGUCUCUCUGUUCUUGUCAAAUUUGGACAAAGCUCUGCAUUCGGCUGGUUUUGACUCAGGAUUUAUAAUUUUAGGAACUAAUCUGACCAAUCCAUUGAAUAUGUUGUUACCAGUUCUUCAAAGAGUUUUUCCACUUGAUUAUAUUCUUAUUACAACUAUUGUUAUGUACUUUAUCUUCACUUCAAUGGCAGGGAUUCGAAAUAUGGGUAUAUGGUUCUUCUGGAUAAGGCUUUAUAAAAUCAGACGAGGAAAAACUCGACCUCAAGCACUCUUAUUUCUCUGUAUGAUACUUCUGUUGAUAGUUCUUCAUACAAGUUACAUGAUUUACAGUCUUGCUCCACAGUAUGUAAUGUAUGGAAGCCAGAAAUACCUGGUGCAGAGUAAUCAGACAAUUGAUGGCCAGCCAAGGAAUGUGACGUUUGUAUCUAAAGACUGUGAUGCAGAUGCACCUGAAGAUCAGUGUACUGUCACUCGGACGUACCUCUUUCUUCAUAAGUUUUGGUUCUUCAGUGCUGCUUAUUACUUUGGGAACUGGGCAUUCAUUGCAGUCUUUUUAAUUGGAUUAAUUGUUUCAUGCUGCAAAGGCAAGAAAUCGAUCAUUGAAGGUGAAGUGGAUGAUGAUGAUUCAGACAUGAGUGAUGAUGAACUGUCUGUUUAUUACCAUUGAUAUCCUUUUGCCUUCAAGAUGAAAAAAGUGUAAUUUAAAGGUAGUUGAAAGUCAUACCCAUGUGGAAGUUGUAUCCAAAUAAGCAUCCUUGCACCUGUAAAAAUAGAAGAAAUAUGUGUGCUCACUUAAAGGGGUAAAAAACCUGAAUAUCACUUUGAGUAUCACUGUUAAAUGAGAAAAAAUAUUGAAGCUGAGUUUGAAUAAUAUAUAGAAAAUAUUGUUUUAUGAUUAAACAUGUAUGUAAAUUUCUGAUGUAUAAUUUGAUGAACUGUUGUAACUAUUUAAUAAUUCAUCGUGCUUUUCUGUUAACUUAAGUUUUCUUAAAUGCUUUAAUGCUUAACAUGUAGGACUUUUUUAUCCAUAAAUAAAACUAGCUAAAAUCCUGCGAAACAGUGCAAAUAUUGCUGGAAAUAUUUGGAUGAGAUUUAUACUUUCGGAAGAGUUUGACUUUCGCAUUAGUUUUGCUGGUAUUUCUGGGAUAUCCAUACAAAACUAUAGCUAAUAAGAGACUGUCCUCUAAAGUAUGCCAAAAACAUUGACUUAGGUGGUGAGUUUCCAGUCUAUGAAAAACAAGUAAUUUUCAUACUGUUAUGCCCACUGAGUUACCUUUAGAAUCCUCAGGUAACUAUGAGGUGGCUUUUACUCUAUCAGAGGAAAUCAUUAGUGUAAAUUACAAUAGUAAGCACUGUUGCAGUGUUUUAGUACAGUUCAGUUCUGAAACUGCCAGGUGCCUAAUUUAGUCAUAACUAAUGGAAUAAUUAAGAUGCAAAUAAUUUUUAACAUAUUUUUCUCUUAAAUGCAAAUUGUCUAGUUUGGAGUUUUCUCUCAGUAUUUAAUGUAAAUGUUGUCAACUUGUUUACAAGCCAAUAUGUUUAUAUAAACACAGUUCAUAAAUAUUUUUGUCAUUCAUGUUGUCUUUGUAAAGUAAUCCUAUUUUAACUAUAUAGUUACUGAGCUAUAUUUCUAAGACUGGAAAAAAUCUUCUGAUAUCCUUUCACAGACUUGGAAAGAGAAAAUGUUUACAAAUACAGGGUUUUAAGCUUCUAAUGCUGCCUGAGGGACACUACAGUCCAUGCAAGCCCAUGGAAAUGUAACUUAGGUAGUCUUUUUACAAGACUAAUUGUUAAAUAGCUAAUAAAAUGUGGGGGGAUUAUUAUGUCCUGUUUGCAUGUUUGCAAACACUAAAGUUAUUCAAGAACAGUCUGCCUCUUCCUGCAGUAUUUCAGAACAGCAGGCUCUUGGGAACUUCUGAACUUUAAUUUAGCUUAAAUAUUUGAGGAAGUCUUAGGUGAGUUGCUUACUUAAUGCACGAAGACAAGGAACUGAUGUUUGGACUCUUACAGGAACAAACAAAACUGAAGCCUUUUAACAAGCCUUCUGUGCCAACUGUUCCAAUAACGUAAAUGUUUGUGACAACCUGGAGGAGUGUCUGUUGUAGGUUAUCAUGAGCUACAAAUAUGCAGUCAGGUCUACUCAAUUUAUACCAAUCAAUCCAUUUGCUGCCAAUGAGACAUUUGAAAGGAUGCAAAUGUAUUCAAAAGGUGACAGUAGCUACUGGAAUUUGAUUAAGUAGUCUGAGCUCCCUUUGACUAGAAUUAGCUGAAUACUAUUUAAAUAUGACCAUUGGGCAAACUUGCAGGAAAUUAUUCAAACAAGUUCAAGUAACUCAAACAAAAGGUGAAACCUGAUUUUGACUUUUUGGAAGCUGCAUCCAGAGGAUAGCAGGAAGUUGGAGCAUGCUUAUUUGUGGAUGCCCUGGUGAAAAACUUACAUGAGGUAAUUUAAAUAAAGUUAGCUGUUCACAUGUCCUCCUUUCUUUAUGGGUUUUGUUCAUUUUUUAUCUUCAGCUUUAACCUGUGAUAAUUAUCACUUCCUUCUUUGUCUGUAUCAUGUACAGAUUUGUUUGUAACACCCAGUUGUGCAGAGUUAUAUCCAUUCUGUCUUCUCACUGGGGGAGACUGCUCCUUGUCUGGGCAAGAUUGGUAGGAAGGUGUUGGUUUUGUACCAUGUAGCUGCUUCAUGUUGUAUGUGGGCGUAGAGGGUCACUGGUCAAGAUGACUGGUCAGUGCUAGGCAUAUAUUGCUGUAUCUCCUGUUUCUAGGAUUUCAUUAGUUUCCAGGUUCUUCCCAAUCCAAUCCUGUUUCCUGUUGAAAUAGUCUAUAUGCAGAAAUACAGUGAUCUGCUUUUGGAUUGGUGACUGUCUCUUUAAUUGGAUUCAAUUUUGAAUUUUUUGAAUCCAAGUAUUAGUCAGAUUUAUGAGCAGCUGUAUUGCAUCUUGCUGAGCUGGAGUUUGUUUCCCCAUAAUAGCCCUCACAGUGCUUUGCUUUGCAUUGGUACCUGGAAGGGUGUUGGUAACACACUGGUGUUUUGGCUGCUGCUGAGCACAGCACCAACACUGUAACAUUCCUUCCUCAGUCAGGGGCAAGAUCCUGGGAGAGAACGCAAGUAGGCCAGCUGACCCACACUGACCAAAGGGAUAUUCUAAACCACAUGAUGUCAGCUUAGAUAUAAAAGCUAAGGCAAGCAGCAGGACGGGGGCAUUCAUUGUGUAAUGGCUGUGUGAGGAGGAACUGUCAUGCGUACCGACGCCCUCGUUCUCGGAGGUGACCGACCAUCGCUGCUCGUGGGAAGUAGAGAAUAACUCUGUUAUCUUUUGUUUCUGCGCACGCAAGCUUCGCUUUACUUUUUGCUUUAAAUAAACUGCCUUAUCCCAA